GGUUGAGGCGAUAACACGCUUUGUGCCCCUGAUGGCCCCCGUGUCGCCACAUAAAUUACCUGCAAACAAACAAUUACUAGGCACAUCCCGUGGUGGGGGGCACGGCAUUGAGAUGCUAAGCUCUCCAAAUACAAGAUUGUAAUUAAUGACGCAGAAAAUCCAGCGCGUUCCUUUAAAUGCCAGGCUCGCAGAAGACCUCGUGCAGUUCUACAGUACAGCAGGUAUUUCCAGUACGGUACAGCAGGUAGAUUUCAUCGUGCUGGUAGCGACGGUGCCAGCAUGGCCUCUUCUGCGCAAUUUCACAAAGUGUUGAGUGACAGGAAGACUACGUUUACUAUUGAGAGUAUACUGGGACUCGACAGGACGAAGGAAUGUGCUCCCUCAGCGAAGCCACACAGGCCGUGGACUGGUCCAGACGUCAGCCGCCAACAAGACUCGCCUCCUGUAGCGCCUGAGCUCGUGCUGUUGCCGCAGAUGAAAGUUCAAGAGGACAAGAACAUUGUCUACAAUAAGCGGCAGUGCUCAGAGUCCUACAAACGAGCUUUGAACUGGUACAUAGGCAGGAGGCCCAGGACGGCUUUCAGUGGAGCCCAGAUCGAGGUUCUGGAGAGUGUGUUCAGAGUGAACCCCUACCCUGGGAUCGAUGUGAGGGAGGAGCUGGCGUGCAAACUGGAGCUGGAUGAGGACCGGAUCCAGAUCUGGUUCCAGAAUCGGCGUGCUAAAAUGAAACGGUCUCACAGAGAGUCUCAGUUCCUCCUGGUGAAGAAGGUCUUCACAGCUCUGCAGGACCCGGCAGAGCCUUGACGUGCAUCUCUGUAAUCUGAGACCCUCCUGACGUGCGUCUCUGUAAUCUGACAUGCGUCGCUGUAAUCUGACACCCUUCUGAUGUGCAUCUCUAAUCUGACGUGUGUCUCUGUAAUCUGAGACCCUCCUGACAUGCAUCUCUGGAUUCUGAGACCCUCCUGACGUGCGUCUCUGGAUUCUGAGACCCUCCUGACGUGCGUCUCUGUAAUCUGAGACCCUCCUGACGUGUGCCUCUGUAAUCUGAGACCCUCCUGACAUGCGUCUCUGUAAUCUGACGUGCGUCUCUGUAAUCUGAGACCCUCCUGACGUGUAUCUCUGUAAUCUGACGUGCGUCUCUGUAAUCUGAGACCCUUCUGACGUGCAUCUCUAAUCUGACGUGUGUCUCUGUAAUCUGAGACCCUCCUGACGUGUAUCUCUGUAAUCUGACGUGCGUCUCUGUAAUCUGAGACCCUUCUGACGUGCAUCUCUAAUCUGACGUGUGUCUCUGUAAUCUGAGACCCUCCUGACAUGCAUCUCUGUAAUCUGAGACCCUCCUGUCACAGCUGGAAACAUGGGUCUUUCCUCUGCAUUCCACUGGGUUUGUACAGAGUCUUGUUUUUAAGAUAUUAUAUUAUGUAAAUGUUGUAAUUUAUUAUGUAAAAUACAUUCUGUAUAUUUUGGUUGUUCAUAAAAUGUUGAUGUUAUUGUUUUAAUAAAUAUUUUUUUUACUGUG